AUGCACGCUUUUACUUUUACCGCCAGCGUUCUGGCAUCCACUCUCUUUUCCGUCGCAACUGCAGCACCGAAUGGACCACCUCAGAGUGGUGCCCCCAGCGGGCUCGUGACGACUUAUUAUGGACAGAAUGGUCAGGAUGUCGAUUUCGCGGCUCUGUGUGAAGACCCAAGCGUCGACAUCGUUCCGCUUGCGUUUGUCACCUACUUCCCGAAGGAGAAUGAUGCCAAUGGAUACUGCAAGAUGAACUUCGCCAAUAACGCUUGGGCGUCAGAAUUCUGGACAAACCCCGUAACUGGAGUCACAUAUCCGGACGUGUUCGACAACAUGCACACCUUCACAGGCGUCAUCCAAAAGUGCCAAGCCAACGGCAAGAAGGUGCUGAUAUCGCUGGGUGGUGACCCAAGAUACAGCGAUGUAUCGCUCACGAGCAACACGCAUGCCGAACAGGUCGCUGUACAGCUGUGGAGGAUGUUUGGUCCCGUGCAACAGGGUGUUGUUAUUCCUCGUCCGUUCGGCAACAGUGUCAUCGACGGAGUCGACUUCGAUGUUGAGGGAACACAAGCCGGACCGUACCAUCCUCACCUGGCUACCUCGUUCAAGGCAUUGUUCGCACAGGAUACGAGCAAACAAUACUACCUGAGCGCGGCGCCCCAGUGCCCUACCACCGAUGGUCUGAUCCCAACCAUUCAGACUGGUGUCUUCGACUACGUUAACGUCCAGUUCUACAACAACUACUGUGGCGUCUCCACCUUCGGUACCAGCAACGACCAGUUCACUCCAUCAUUCAAUGCUUGGUCUAAGCUCUUGCUACCAUACCCGAACACCAAGCUCUUCGUGGGCAUGCCUGCUGGCCCUGGAGCCACCGAUGCCGGCGACUACGGACAAAGUCAAUUGAUUGACAUAAGCAAGGUAGAGCCCAUCCUCAAGUCUGUCGCCAAGACUUCCAACUUUGGUGGUGCCAUGCUGUGGGACUACUAUCUUGCUGCGAAGAAUGGCGGCUGGCAAACGGCCUGCAAGAAGCACUACCUGGGCCGACGUCUACUUCUCGACCACAACCACGACAACUGCGCCCGUCAAGGACACUACCACCACGAGCUCCGCCUCGUCUGCCAGCACUACUUGGCUGAUGUCGACUUCUCAACCACGACCACGACAACUGCGCCCGUCAAGGACACUACCACCACGAGCUCCGCCUCGACUUCUGCCAGCACGACUUGGGCUGACGUCGACUUCUCAACCACCACGACGACAACUGCGCCUGUCAAGGACACCACGACCAUCAGCUCCUCUUCAAUCUACACCAGCGCGACUUGGGGCGAUAUUGAUUUCUCAACAACAACGACCACGACUGCGCCAGUCAAGGAGACCACAACCACUGUCUCCUCCUCAAGCAGCUGGGCGGACUACUGGGGCGAUGAGACCACCAAGCCAGUUGAGGGCGGCGAGAAGACAACCACGACUACUGCCAGCACCACGACCACCACUAAGCCCGUCGAAGGCGGACAAUUCUACACAUGGUCUGACUACACGUCUGCGUCAACAAUGACGACCACUGCGCCGGUCGAGGGUAGCGAGAAGCCAACUUGGUCCGACGCUUACGUCUCGACUACUACUACUAGUGGCAAGCCCGUAGAGCCGACCGAGAGCAGCUCGACCGAGUACAUCUGGAGCGAUGUCCCAGCCAGCGCAUCCACUAAGUAUGUCACCGUCACCGAAGAUGCCUACGUCACCAGCUGUGACUGCACGCCUGAGGACACCCCAAUGACUUCGAUUGAGGUCAAGCCUACGCCACCAGCUUCUCCUACCACCAUCGCUACAAAGCCUGUGAGCGACUUCACCGGCGUCAAGCCUCCCGUCGCAACAUUCACAGGCGCGGCUGCGCAACAGAGUCUGUCGGGCACGAUGCUGAGCGUCGGUGUUUGCGUUGCGGUUGCUGUCGCAGGUCUCUUCUUGUAA